UCCAUGUAUAACUUUCUCCGACUUUCUAGGACGUGUUUUCUGCCACUACUUUUUCUGUCUCAUUUUGUCCACCAAUCUUUUAACGUUGUGCGUGAAUGCACAAAGACGUGCUGUUUAUCUCAACUCCACUGAUAAAGUUGUGACAGUUGGAGCUCGGUUAUCAGGGGCCACGCCUCCCAAGACCCAUUAGGUAAAAACUAUCAUCUGCUACCAGGAGAAGAGACCAAGAGGACCACAGGACUGCACAACAAAAGUGACUAAAGAAGCUGACAAUAACACCUCAUUAUGGCGCAACGGACGCUCCAUCAAAGUGGGCAAGAUGGCAGGUCAGUUAUGGGCAUGGUAGCAGUGCAGGUGGAGAGGGACCCCAAGACGGGUACCACCGUUGUCCGGUCGGUGGCUCCCAUGUCUACAGAGAUCGGAGCGCCACUGGCCAAGAGUGUCUUUGACGACGGCCGGAAAAGCAUCCAUGCAGUCGCCGGGCCAGGCUGUCCACCCUCAACGGAGGAGCUUGGACAGAUUUUAAGUGCUGUGGACGGGGUCGGAAUGAGAGUGAUGCUAGAUGAGGUCACAGUCACCCCAAAGAAAGCAGAAUCUCAACGGGUUCCGGCAAAUGCCCAUAGAACUCCGGUCGGAGAAACACAGUGUGUAAUUUCUAAAGACCGUGAGAGUACCGCAAUGGAGGACGUCAACGCCAUGGUGGUUCCAGACGCAACGGUAAAGGAGCUGAACAUGGAGGAUCGGGAUCUGGAGGAAAGCCCGAUCACCCUUGUGUUCCUGGGCUACACCAGCGAGAGCCAGCAAGAGCCGGACAUGCUCACUGCAGAGCGAGUGCUGAUCACUGAGGACGGGGACGAACAGGUCGUGGGACCGCAGUCCGAGCAAGAGGCGGGAAAAGGGAGUGACAUGCGGCAGGACAUUCCCCCAAAGGAAAACGAUCCAACGGUUCGAGUCCAGGAAGAUAAUGGUGACAAGUCAUCUCCAACCAACACGAAGGAGGGAAAAGCCCCAUCUAAGCGCAAGACGUGUCAGUGUUGCUCGGUCAUGUAGGACAUGGUUAUACGCGGCAAGCCGUCAAGGGUGUACCCCGUCAUUCAGCCAAAGCCGACCGGGAUCGUAACUCGUAAUCCCAAACAGGAUAAAUACUGUACCAGGCUCGUGCAAAAGUCUGAAUUGAAUAGGGAACGUUCCCCAAAUUCCGAUUGAAUUCCAUGAAUUUGAAUUGGAUUUGGAGUGAGGUUGCAAACAGGAAGUAGAAUUGCGAUUAAAAUUUGAAUUGAAGGAAGUAGAAUACAUUAUUUCCAGUUGAUUCGUUUAGAUAAUAAUUUCAUAAUAUUCUCUACAUAACUGAUAUUUUAUUGAAUUAGUAUGACUAUGAACUAGGGUUGCACGGUAUACCGGUACUUUAACCAAGUAUUCAAAAUGAAAGGAAUGUUAGUUUUAGUGUGUGUAUUUUUGGUAUUUUAGCCAAAAUCUUUGUUAAACGUGACAAAUGAUUAGAGAUGUCCGAUAAUAUGGGCCUGCCGAUAUUACCGGCCGAUAAAUGCUUUAAAAUGUAGUAGCGGAAAUUAUCGGUAUCGUUUUUUUUAUUAUCAGUAUCGUUUUUUUUAUUUUAUUUUUCUUUUUUUUUUUUGUUAAAUCAACAUAAAAAACACAAGAUACACUUACAAUUAGUGCAUCUACCCAAAAAAAACCUCCUUCCCUCAUUCACACUCAUUCACAAAAAAGGGUUGUUUAUUUCUGUAAUUAAUAUUCUGGUUCCUACAUUAUAUAUCAAUAUAUAUCAAUACAGUCUGCAAGGGAUACAGUCCGUAAGCACACAUGAUUGUGCGUGCUGCUGGUCCACUAAUAGUACUAACCUUUAACACUUAAUUUUACUAAUUUUCAUUAAUUACUAGUUUCUAUGUAACUGUUUUUAUAUUGUUUUACUUUCUUUUUUAUUCAAGACAUUUUUUUUAAAUUUAUUAAUCUUAUUUUAUUUUAUUAAUUUUUUUAAAACAGACCUUAUCUUCACCAUACCUGGUUGUCCAAAUUAGGCAUAAUAAUGUGUUAAUUCCACGACUGUAUAUAUCGGUAUCGGUUUAUAUCAGUAUCGGUAAUUAAGAGUUGGACAAUAUCGGAAUAUCGGAUAUUGGCAAAAAAGCCAUUAUCGGAUAUCCCUACAAAUGAUUCCUCAAUCAUUUUAAGUUUAAUUCCACUUCCUGUAAUAUUAGUUUGAAAAUCCUGUGGGGUGAAAGUUAGUACAAUUGAAAUUCUUGUUCUUCAAAUAAACUUCAUUGAAAUUCGAAAUUCGGAAGUUUGCACAAGCUUGUCAAGUUCUGUGGCCGUUAGGGGCAUAUGUGCAUCGACAUGUAAACGCUCCAAACUCAGAAAUGAUCAAAAACACCAUAGAAAACAACAUGCAAUGGGGAAAUGCUGCAAAUGACAAAAAGAGCUACAUGAGAAGAAAAUCUACAUCCGUCUUUAAAGACAAGAUUGAGAUGCCCAGAAGAAAAUUUGAUAGAAUGAAAAGGUAUCAUUUUUCAAAUGUUGUUGCAAUAUAACACAAGCGAUUCACAUAAUGAAGAUAAUCCUGGUUACCAAACAAACUUUAGUUUUGUUCCGUGAACUUCUAGCCUUUGUUCAAUGCAGGGUUGGGGUUUUCUUUGCAGUCCGUAUGUUUGGGUUUUUUUUACAUUUGAUUUUGAUUUUACAGCAUUUUACUUUUGGAGCAUUUUCCCAUUGCAUUUGUUUUACCGUAUGGUGUUUUGUGUGUUUCUGGUCGUGUUUUUUUUUUAAAUUUCAUUAUUUAUUUUUUUGCCCCUAUUGCUCUCUGUAGUCAGCUACUGUAGAUAAGCGUUAGAAAAAUUAUUUAAUUACUCAUAUAAAAUGAGUUACUGUAUUUUUCUACAUAUGAACCAACACAGUAUGCACAAUAUCAAUGACUGAAUAACUAAUUUUCCUGCAAAUUUAACCUGUUUUGGACUUGUUCCAUGACCAUUUGAUUCUGACUGGUGCUUUGCUUUAAAGUCAGCAAAUGUGGACAGGCAGCUCCUCUCAUAAAAAUCACUUCCUCCCCCUAGAGGAGGAACGCAAGCAAUUCAACGUGCAGAGUCACAAAACUCUUGUUUACUUUUUUGUGCUCCUUUUAGCCCCCAGAAAUGUUUUACAUUGUAUGUUCUGUAUGCAAUAUUAAUGUACUGUAUAUG